CUCUCGGCAACGGCAGAUCUCCGCCGAGACAACCACCACCACGUUAGUACUGAAUCACACUCGUGGUUAUGCUGCCGACGUUCGCUUCUUCUUAUGGAAGCGAUACCGACACACCAGCCAUGCAUCGGCCGCUGCUGCCGAAGUCCACCAAAGCCCGCGCCGCGAGGCUGGCCGUACUCAGUGCCACGCUUAUCAUGACCAGCGGCGCCGGUGUCUACGGCAUGUUCGAUACCUCUCAACUGUGCCAAGCCAACGACCUUAUGACACUCGAGUCAUCUACGACGACCUUGUUCCCGUUCAUUCGUCCCAUAGAACAAUCCCCGCCGCUGCCGCUGCCAUGGACGAACCAGACAACCAUACACGACUUGUUUGGCGUGAUGGAUGUAGACGGGAGUGGAUCAGUCAACUUGACUGAACUGGUUGCGUACUUGGAACGUGAUAGCCACGACACGAUCCGCGCGAUUCAAACGGCGGCUACGUCGUCAACCAAACAAGUGAAAGACGAGUAUUUCCACCACGCUACAUGCCUAGCCAAUGCUUUCAACGCGGUAGUUCCUGAAGGUGGCAUCGUGGAAUCUCCAGAUCAGUUAGACAAGGUGGUGCAGCGCUGUCGUCCCCCGCUGUCUCCGCCCCUCAUGGCGGCCAUCCCCACGACCACCGCGACGCCCGCCAACUCGACCGACCAAGUCGCCAACAAGCUGUACUCCCGCCAAGAAAUCAUAGCUUUUAUCAACGCAAAGACCAAGUCACCGUGGGUUUUGCAGUGCACGUUGGAUGCCCUGGACCAGGAGUUUCCAUCCACGAAUGGGUCUUUAACAAGGCAUGACGUGGACGGCAUCCUCACGCUCGUGGCGCAGUGCGUAACCUCGUGGCUCGUGCGCUGUCACAGACAUCCCAACGCCGUCGCCACCUUUGGAUGAACACAAGCCAGAGGAAAAGUACCAAUGGCCAAUCACAUCACGCCACGUCAUCCACGAACGAAACCACGAAACCCCGUCCAAUACUAGGUCCAAUCGUCCUAUAUAGACACGAUGCCGAGUAUCCACCCUCUGUAGGUAUACUUCUACAACAGUGGAGUACUAGUAUUAAUAGUCACACCAACGGCAUCGUA